AUGGCAGUGUCAACGCAACUCCAAUCUCUGACCAGUCUUGCUUCAUUGACUAACCGCACUAAGCUCAACUUUCUGAGCAGCAGCUGCAUACCUUUAGCUCCCAACACAAAACAAAGAAGCUCAGCUGCUCGAGUUUGUGCUCUGGUCUCUGCUUCGCCCAUUGUUUCUGAGAGAUCAAAGCCACCAAUAGCUUCUUUCAAUGAGUUGAUCGAGUCGUUGAUUGAUCGCGUGGAUUUAUCAGAGGCGGAGGCUGAAGCUUCAUUGGAAUUUUUGCUGACAGAUGCUAAUGAGGCUUUGAUAAGUGCUUUCCUUGUAUUAUUGAGAGCCAAAGGAGAGACUUAUGGAGAAAUUGUGGGAUUGGCAAAGGGGAUGAUGAAGCACAGCUUGAAGAUAGAAGGCAUAGAUGAUGCAGUUGACAUUGUUGGAACUGGUGGUGAUGGCGCAAACACUGUAAACAUUUCAACAGGGGCUGCAAUACUUGCUGCAGCUUGCGGUGCAAAAGUUGCAAAGCAAGGAAGUCGUUCCAGUUCCUCUGCAUGUGGAAGUGCUGAUGUAUUAGAAUCUUUGGGAAUAAUAAUUGACUUGGACCCUGAGGGGGUAACUAGAUGUGUGAAUGAAGCAGGCAUUGGAUUUAUGAUGGCACCCAAGUAUCAUCCAGCAAUGAAUGUUGUCCGCCCUGUUAGAAAAAAGCUGAAAGUAAAGACUGUAUUUAAUAUAUUGGGACCCUUGUUGAAUCCAGCAAGAGUACCUUUUGCUGUUGUUGGUGUAUACAAGGAUGAGCUUGUCUUGAAGAUGGCUAAAGCAUUGCAAAGCUUUGGAAUGAAGAGAGCAUUAGUUGUUCACUCAGAGGGCUUGGACGAAAUGAGUCCGCUUGGACCUGGGCAUAUCCUUGAUGUGACUCCUAAUAAAAUUGAGGAGUUCUCCUUUGAUCCAUUGGAUUUUGGAAUUCCUCGCUGCACCCUAGAUGACUUGCGAGGUGGAGGCCCUGAGUAUAAUGCUGAGGCACUAAAGCGUGUAUUGUCAGGGGAGAAAGGUUCCAUUGCAGAUGCAUUUAUCUUAAAUGCUGCAGCAGCUCUCUUUGUCAGCGGUCAGGUGAACACCUUGGCCGAAGGAGUUUCAUUGGCUCGUGAAACCCAAAUUUCAGGGAAGGCUAUCAGGACCCUUGAUCAAUGGGUAGAUAUAUCCAAUACAAUGAAGAAAGAUACAAUUGUUUAUUAA